GUCCCGCCCUGCAGCCCCGCCCCAGCCCCGCCGGCGGGGACCGCGGAGCCGAGUCUGCAGGCCAGCGGGCGGCUCGCGCCGCGGAGGAGGUUGCUUCUCACUAGGGAUGGUGGAAUUGGAAGGAGACUCCUUCAGUCCUCCUCCAGGAUGAACCACCUGCCAGAAGACAUGGAGAACACUCUGACGGGGAGCCAGAGCUCACAUGCCUCUCUGCGUGACAUACAUUCCAUCAGCCCUGCUCAGCUCAUGGCCAGGAUUGAGUCCUAUGAAGGAAGGGAAAAGAAAGGCAUAUCUGAUGUCAGGAGGACUUUUUGUCUCUUUGUCACCUUUGACCUCUUAUUUGUAACGUUACUGUGGAUAAUAGAGUUAAAUGUGAACGGAGGCAUCGAGAACACACUGAAGAAGGAAGUGAUUCACUAUGACUACUACUCCUCUUACUUUGAUAUAUUUCUUUUGGCAGUUUUCCGAUUCAAAGUGCUGAUACUUGGGUAUGCUGUAUGCAGAUUGCGCCAUUGGUGGGCAAUAGCGUUGACAACAGCAGUGACCAGUGCCUUUCUAUUAGCAAAAGUGAUCCUCUCAAAGCUUUUCUCUCAAGGGGCAUUUGGCUAUGUGUUGCCCAUCAUUUCAUUCAUCCUCGCCUGGAUUGAGACAUGGUUCCUGGAUUUCAAAGUGUUACCUCAAGAGGCAGAAGAAGAAAACAGACUCCUACUAGUUCAAGAUGCAUCAGAGAGGGCAGCUCUCAUCCCUGCAGGGCUCUCUGAUGGUCAGUUUUACUCCCCUCCUGAAUCUGAAGCAGGAUCUGAAGAAGAAGCUGAGGAAAAGCAGGAUAGUGAGAAACCGCUUUUAGAACUAUGAGUUCUGCUCUGUGAACCCGCCUGCAGUUGAGCGAGGUAACUGGCAGGCAGCACAGCACUUGGCUCCGGCAGUACUCACUGUGUCUUCACUCUUUCUCUAAGUGUGAAGCGCCUCACUGCGAGUCAUCCAAGGACGAAAGCUGAAGUGGUGGAUCUGCUCACUGCUGGAUGCUGAUGAGCUAGUGACUUUACUUAUGGUGAUACCUCAUGGACAUUGCUCCACUCACAUCAUCCCUGCCUGUGGCCAUUGGGUCAUGCUGUGGUCCUUCCUCUAGUCUGUGAGUUUCAGUAUGACCUGAUAAUGAAUAACUUGGUCUUGUGCUGCAUCUGAAUCAAAAGACUGCUUAAUAUAUUGAAGUAACAAUUUUGUAGUAAGUGAGAUACCUUUUUAUUUCAAUUCUCAGAAUGUAUUUUUUUUUUGUUUCAUGUCUCAGAUUUCUUUUGUAUUUCUUUCUUAACUCCUUACAUUUCACUUGUGUUUUUAAACUCAUGCACAUGUGCUCUUUAUACAAUUUUAAAAUAAUAAAUCCAACAUAUCAAAAUAA